CUAGGCCGUGGCAGCAACGUGGAUGUGGUGGUGGGGGAGACAGACUACAGCAGCUACGCCAUCCUGUACUACCAGAAGCUCCGGAAGAUCUCCAUCAAGCUCUAUGGACGCAGCGUCCGGGUCAGUGACGCCAUCGUGGGUAAAUUCGAGCAGCGCAUCACAGAGAUGAACAUGAGCGAGGACUUCACCUACUACUUCCCCACGUAUGGGUUCUGUGAGUCCGCGGAUCAAUUUCAUCUGCUCGAUGAAACGAAGAUUUAGGUGAAGAUGGAAAUGCCAGAGACCCCGGGAGCCAACCAGCCACGUCUGCAACCAUGCUGGGCACAGGAGCCUGGCCACUGGAUCUGCCAGUGAACUCUGUGGCCCAGUUAUUCAGCCAGGGCUGGGGAGCUCCAGGUGGACGCUGGGCCAAGGGAGUGAUGAAGGGGUGGGACUGGGGUCUCCUCUGUAGCCCUAACCCUAGUGUUUGUUCACCCCCAGCCCUUGCUCCCCCUCACUCCCCAGGCUCAUGUCUCUUCCACACGAUAUCACCACACAAAGGCAGAUUCAGGUUUUGUGGGGCUCUGCACCAGACCAGUGGGGCCUGCUCCCCACCCCUUCCUCCUGCAGUCCCCCCCAACCCCCUCUGUGCUUCUGCCGGAGAGCGGGCUUGGGGAGCAGGGGCUUCCCCCCACUUCCUGGCAGGAGCGCCGAGUGGGCAGAGUGGGUUGGGGCACAGGGGCGCCCGAAUUGGCCGGGGCCCCGUUGGCCCAGUGGCUAAUCCAUCAAUGCCCCUGUGCCCUCCUGCGGGAUCCCUGGCCCAGCUGCCGCUCACUGCUACUGCCCCGCUCCCCUGACCUGAUUCGGCGCUCACUCUCCUUGCUGUCCCCAGAGGGGCUGUGCGUCCCCAUGAGGAAGCCCUGCUCUUCUGACACUGACGCAGCAUGGCCUUCAACCCUUCGCUUCCGCCUCCUGUGCGCUGCCCCUUUCAAUUGCUCAGGGCCUGGCUGGGCCGUUGUGCUGGGCUCAGUCUGACUGGCAUGGAGCAGAUGCCCAGCUUACGCUCUCUCUCUGGACUCCACAAUAAACGCGGGCCAGGCUGGAAGGCCCCUGUGCUCCUUGCAGAUGGGAAAAGGAUACAAGUGUGACAGGCGGGUCGGGAAGGGGGAACCCCCCUCCCAGGGCCCCACACGGUUCCAGUCUCUGUGGUGAGCGGUUAUUCCUGCUGCCCCGGCAGCGCAUUCCUUGCAGGAGUGUUGCGCCAGUCCAUGUCAUUCACCCGGUGUCUGCAGUCCUUCAACAACCCGGUUU